AUGGCCAUGGAUUUCUUCACUCUGUUGCAACAAAAAAUCGUUUUUACACUUCUUGUCCCUCUACUCAUCGUCAUCUUCAUCUUCGGGGAUAUCAACAGAGCCAAAAGCAACAAGAAAGACAAUAAAAAAUCACCGCCGGAGUUGGUUGGAGGAAGUCCUUUUCUCAAUCACCUUCACCUAUUCGAAAAAGGGAAGCUCGUACAUAGAAAACUCGAGUCAUUGGCCGACAAGUAUGGACCCGCCUUCUUUAUCCACAUGGGGAUCCACCCAACACUGCCAAGGUCCUUAACGAUGAAUAUCAUGGGCUACAACCAGGCCUUGAUGGGUUCGACUCCUCACGACCCUUAUUGGAGCUACCUGAGAAAAAUUGCCACUGUCAAGCUCCUCUCCAACCAACAACUCAAGUUGCUCAAAUACGUUCGUGAGAUGGUGACCGGAAAUGGAUAUGAUGGUCUUAACGGGAAAAACGACGAGGAAUCCAAACGAUGCCAGAUGGUGACCAUUUGGUUGCCAAGAAAACCAUGGAAAAGGAGAUGCAUAUGA